UUUUUACGGCAUCUAUGGUUCAGUAGUGGUUGUCAUGUUGACAUCAGUUUGUUUUGUUUUGGAAACGUUUGUCCAUGCUUGGUCUAAAUUUUACAUUGAUCGUUUUAUUUUUGUUGUAAUAAUAUAAGAAGUAUAUUUUUGUAGUUUUACAAAACAAUGUCAUCUUCCGAAUCUGAAACUGAAAGGGACCCUUUAUACAGAUUGGGUGAUUGUGAAGUAUGCGGAGCAAAUAAAGCUAUUUACACUUGUCCGAAAUGUGAAGUAAAGACAUGCAGCUUAAAUUGUGUGAGGAUACACAAAAAAGAAUUAGAAUGUGAUGGUAUAAGGGAUCGCACUAAGUUUGUAAGGAUGAAAGACUUUUCCGACAGCGAUCUACUAAGCGAUUAUCGUCUGUUAGAGGAAUGCGCACGGUUCGUAUAUGCCGUGAAACGAGACGAAAAGAAACGAUUUACAAGAAUCGAUAAGGACUUACCUAUUCAUUUAUUCAAGCUUAAAUCGGCAGCCAGGCAGCGAGGCAUAGUAUUGCAAUUCUUAGCACAAAACUUCACAAGACAUAAAAUAAAUACAACUAAAUACAAUUACAAGGAGAAUUUAAUAAAUUGGAGGGUGGAAUGGGUGUUCCCUAAUGUGGAUACAGAUCCUAUAAAGUUUGUGGAUGACAAAUGUUCAGAAAAGAAAAGAUUAUCAGAAUUAUUGAACAAAUACUUAGAUCCAGAUGCUGUCGCUUUUGAGGGUUCUAAAGCAUUGACUUACUAUAAAUCAGUUGGCUUUAGUGGAGUCAAGGUGCUUCUGAAAGCUGAAAAAGUGAGAGGCUCAUCAAAGAAGUUUUUUGAAUUGGAUCUGACAGAAUCCUUGGCAGAGAACUUGUCUGGAAAAUGUAUUGUGGAGUUUCCUAUUAUAUUUGUGGUACUCAAAGACCAUGCAUAUAAUUUCGAAAUAAUUACACCAGAAGAUACAUUUGAAAACCAAAACAAAAAGAACGACAAUGAUGAAGUAGUAAGUAAAGAAAAUGUAACUAAUAGAGGAAAACUAUCAAUUACUAAUGGAAGUAUGAGGCAUAAUAAUGGUAACAUAAAAAGUUCUGUAGUGCAAACUCAACAUAAUUUACAGCCAAGAAAGAGACAACUUUUGACAGAGAAAAUAGCAAAGGAAAAAGAGUUGGAGAUUGAAAAAGAAAUAAAAGCAGCUAAAAAGAAGAGGCCUAAAAAUCUUCUAUUUACAACAGGGUAUUCCUCUGAGGAGAGUUUAGGGGACAAUGAUAGUGACAUGGAAAGUUAGAUUUAAGGAUAUAUUUAGUUUCUGUAUAUAAUAAAUAAAAUUUGUAUAUAUUA